UAGUCAAAAUUCUGAACAGGUGAAAAUUACAAAGAAAUUUCCCUGAAAUUUAGGCUCAGUGGGCAGACCCCAUCAAUUGUAAAGAUAAACAAAGUUUUCUUCUACUUUCUCUCUCCAGCAAGCUCAGAAUCUUUCGAAAUAUGCUUUGAGUUUUCCUUCAUUGUAGUUUCUACUUUUGUUUUCACUCCUUUUUCUUUGUUUAAAUUUCUAGCAAAAGAGAGAAUGUCAGGUGGAGCAACAUACUGGUGUUACACAUGCAGGCAACCAAUCUGGCUCACAGGGAGGGAUGUGAUUUGCCCUUACUGCAGUGAAGGCUUUGUGCAAGAACUUAACGAGAGGCGAAGAGUUGCACGCGAACAUGGCCACUCAUCACAGUUGGAAGAGUUUCAUCAAAUGCCUGACAUUAUGGAUGCUAUACAAGCUGUUAUGGAGCAAAGAGGUUCCGAAUCAAGAAUUGGUGUUAGAGAUGCUGUUGAUAAUUUCAUGAGGCAGAGAAUGGCUGGAAGAUACACAAACUUUGAUGUUAGAAGGAGGUCUGGUUCUGCCUUACUUCCUGAACAAACUUGGGGUGUCUUUAGUUCUGGUCCUUAUUUGAUAUUUCAUGGUCAAGCUCCAGGGUUCACUUUCUCUAACAGUGGCUCAAGAGGUGGUCCUAGGCGUGUUGAUUUUGGUGACUACUUUUUGGGCCCUAGACUUGAAGGACUCAUUGAACAACACAUUACAAAUGACAGGCUUGGUCCACCGCCUGCGUCACGGUCCUCAAUUGAUGCAAUGCCAACUAUUACGAUCACACAUGAACACCUCCAAUCUGAUUCACACUGUCCAGUUUGUAAAGAAAGAUUUGAAGUGGGUUCUGAAGCCAGGAAAAUGCCAUGUAACCACAUUUACCACUCAGACUGCAUUGUUCCAUGGUUGGUUCAGCAUAACUCAUGUCCUGUUUGUCGUGUUGAGCUGCCACCUCAAGGACAUGCUAGUUCCCGGGGUAGUCGAAUUUGGGGACGAAGGAAUGUUACUGGUAGUAAUGGUGGUGACAAUGAUAUCUCCAGGGGUAGGGAAAAUAGGCAGUUGAACAAUGGAAGGAGAAAUCUACUGUCAUUUUUGUGGCCAUUCCGUUCUUCUAGUUCUAAUACUUGAUCAAUGUGCUCUGACUGGGGAAGCUACUCUUCUAUAACUCUUUUGACUCUGACCAGAACAAUGGCAGAAGUUAACUCAGUUCCAUUUCUUCUCCAGGAAGUGUAAUUAGAUGUCAAAUUAUGCUUGUAAUUUAAAUUACAUGAAGAAAGUUUCUGAAUAUUGUGGUUUGAACUUUUAUCUCAUAGAUACUUCAUGGUAGAAGUAUGUGAAAAUCUUUGUAAAUACAAUAUUUUUUUGAAGCAAUUUGCGUUUGACAUUUUCAGUAA